GCCUGGCAUUUCCCAGAAGCCCCAGCGCCGGGAAGGAGUUUGCAGCUGCUCGGUCAUCGUGCGGCCCGACGCGAGCCCGCGCUGGUGUGCAGGCCCGGCUCUGUGCCUGGUCUCUGGUGUGAGGGUUUACGCGAGGCCCCUGCUUCGGUCCCCGGACUAGGCCUCGACCCCGGGCGCCAUGAAGCAGGAGGGCUCGGCGCGGCGCCGAGGCGCCGACAAGGCAAAGCCGCCGCCGGGAGGGGAACAAGAACCGCCGCCGCCGGCCCCCCAGGAUGUGGAGAUGAAAGAGGAGGCAGCAGCUGGGAGCGGCUCCACGGGGGAGGGAGACGGCAAGGCAGCUGCGACCGAGCACUCCCAGAGAGAGCUGGACACUGUCACCUUAGAAGGUACGGGAGCCCACGUCGGGGUCGUGCCGCGAUCACCGGUGACAGCGGCCAGGGUGAUGCGACUUUUUGCUGGGACCUCUGCCAUCUGGCAAAUUCUCUGUGUGUGUUGGGGAACCCACGGUGAGUGCCCAGCAGUAAACUCUGUUGUUUGCUCUGUCCUCUCCCAGCCCAUGGACACAGAAGCCGACCUGCAGUUUCGUCCUCGAACGGGAAAAGCGGCAUCAGCGCCUCUCCUGCCUGAGGUGGAAGCCUACCUGCAGCUGCUCAUGGUCAUCUUCCUGAUGAACAGCAAGCGCUACAAAGAGGCACAGAAAAUCUCUGAUGACCUGAUGCAGAAGAUCAGCACUCAGAACCGCCGAGCCUUGGACCUCGUAGCUGCCAAGUGUUACUAUUAUCACGCCCGGGUCUAUGAGUUCCUGGACAAGCUGGAUGUGGUGCGCAGCUUCUUGCAUGCCCGGCUCCGGACAGCCACCCUGCGGCACGAUGCUGAUGGACAGGCUACCCUUUUGAACCUCCUGCUUCGGAAUUACCUGCACUACAGCUUGUAUGACCAGGCUGAGAAGCUGGUAUCCAAGUCUGUGUUCCCUGAGCAAGCCAACAACAAUGAGUGGGCCAGGUACCUCUAUUACACAGGGCGAAUCAAGGCUAUCCAGCUGGAGUACUCUGAAGCCCGGAGAACAAUGACCAAUGCCCUUCGAAAGGCUCCACAGCAUACAGCUGUUGGCUUCAAACAGACGGUGCACAAGCUUCUGAUCGUGGUGGAGCUCCUGCUGGGGGAGAUCCCAGACCGCCUGCAGUUCCGUCAGCCCUCCCUAAAGCGCUCCCUCAUGCCCUACUUCCUUCUCACCCAAGCUGUUAGGACAGGAAAUCUUGCCAAGUUCAACCAAGUUCUGGAUCAGUUUGGGGAGAAGUUUCAAACUGAUGGGACCUACACCCUAAUUAUCCGACUGCGACACAAUGUGAUCAAGACAGGUGUGCGCAUGAUCAGCCUGUCCUAUUCCCGGAUCUCCCUGGCUGACAUCGCCCAGAAGCUGCAGCUGGAUAGCCCAGAAGAUGCAGAGUUCAUUGUCGCCAAGGCCAUCCGGGACGGCGUGAUUGAGGCCAGCAUCAAUCACGAGAAGGGAUAUGUCCAAUCCAAAGAGAUGAUUGACAUCUAUUCCACCCGGGAGCCCCAGCUGGCCUUCCACCAGCGCAUCUCCUUCUGUCUGGACAUCCACAACAUGUCUGUCAAGGCCAUGCGCUUUCCUCCCAAAUCCUACAACAAGGACCUGGAGUCUGCAGAGGAGCGGCGAGAGCGGGAGCAGCAGGACCUGGAGUUUGCCAAGGAGAUGGCAGAGGAUGACGAUGACAGCUUUCCCUGAGCCAGGCCGGGGAGGGGCGGGCUGAGUGGAGACUGGCUUUUUCUCUUUUCCCUCAGGUGUCCCCUGCCCGGGAAACUGUUCUCUGUUUCCCACACACGGCUCACAGACUGCAUAUGUGCAGGGGUCAGGGAUGCUGGGAGCCAACCGUCCCCUUCUUGCUAUCAUGCCUCUCUGUAGCUGGUGACAGUACCCUGUGGGCAGAAGAGCAGGUGGCAGCCUCCUAGAGGCAGGGUCCUGCCUCAUGGUGGUGUCGGUGGCAGGAGGGGACGGACAGAACCAUGGAUUAGGGUGUGGACUAGGGCCUGGAGUUGGGACACGUUGGGUUCUAUGUUUUUGAAGCUUCAAUUAUGAUUUUUAAACAAUAAAAAGUUCUCCAGA